AUGGAGAUCCGCAACAUCCUACCAGAAGACGUCAAGAACGUAGCUACAAACAACGCGCGGUCGAUUCCAGCUGACGAGAUCGACGCGACCUUCAAAUCACAAUACACCGAUCUCAUAUCCGCGCCUCUUGGUUCAAAAGUCCUUUCCUUUAGCGACGAAUGGUUCGCCGCAGCCGAGAACCUUAUCACGCCGACACCACCAAUUCGCAAACCCGGUGUUUUCGUCCACUCGGGAGCAUGGUAUGAUGGCUGGGAGACCCGGCGUCACAAUACCGAACCCUUCGACUGGGUCGUCCUGCGGCUAGGUACCGCCAGUGGAAAAGUAGCCGGUGUAGAAAUCGACACUUUUGCAUUCAAUGGGAACCACGCCCCCGAAAUCGCUGUCGAAGGUGCAUUCAUCACAGACGAGAAGGAGGAAGAGGAAGUGAAAAAGGCCAGCUAUGCAGGCUGGGAAACCAUACUAUCGAAGCAAGAGUGCGGACCUAGCCAACGGCAUGGCUGGAAACUAGACAGCAUCACAGACAAGGCGUACACGCACGUUAGGCUGCUCAUGUACCCUGACGGCGGCAUCGCGCGCUUCCGGCUUUACGGUGUAGCCGUACCAGUCUUCCCAGAGUCCUCCGACGCCAUCUUUGAACUCUCGGCCACAGUCAUGGGCGGCGUCGCAACGUCAUGUUCGGACCAACAUUUUGGCACAAAAGACAACUUACUUCUGUCCGGUCGUGGAAAGGACAUGGGCGAUGGGUGGGAAACGAAGCGUACGCGCGGCGAGCAUGUCGACUGGACAAUCGUGCGCUUAGGCGCAAAGGGUGAAAUCGAUCACAUUGUCAUUGAUACUGCGCACUUUAGAGGCAACUUCCCACAGAAGGUACAGGUCUUUGCUGGUAGCUUUGAUAAGGAGCCCGCGAGUGAUGACGGGGGAUGGGUUGAGGUGCUGGAGCCGCAGAGGUCCGGGCCGGAUGUGGAGAAGGAGUACAAGGCUGAGCUCAAGGAGGUCAAGGGGAGGGGGUACACGCAUGCGAAAUUGGUCAUCAUCCCGGAUGGUGGUCGCCUUGGUAAGGCGUGCACGUGGGGUGGGCCUCAAUGCAUGUCGACGCGACCCGCAAUGUCGUCUCAAAGACCAUCUGCCAUUCUCAAUUCUUUCCAUCAUAGAAUAUUGGUCUGGUUUGCCCGUAUGGAGGAAGAGCACGAGUUCAACAUUGAGAAGGUGUCGCCGAUAUGGCUCAUCACGGCACUUUGCGUUGUGCCGUUUGGCCUGUAUCAAUUGCUCAACUUCCUUAGUCCGUUGAUACACCGGUUGACGGCUAUGAAGAUUUCCGCGAUGUACAUCUACCCCAUCAAAUCGCUACGAGCGAUUAAAGUCACAGAAGCCAUUGCCACAGCCCAUGGAUUCAAACACGACCGUUCCUUCAUGCUCCUCCAGGAAACCAAAGACGGCUACAAAAACAUGGCCGUAUCAAGCUACCCCGAAAUGACGCAAUUCCUCCAAGAGAUGAAAAACGACACCAUCACCGUCAAAUACAUUGCGUGCGGAGAUGCGUCGAAAGAAACAUCAAUCGACAUACCUCUGGAGCCAGACACGGAAAAACUGGAUUCCAUCGAUAUCAACAUGCACUCAGCCCCGACAACCGCCCAUCGCAUGCCACAAAGAUACAACGACUGGUUCACUUCCUGCUUCGGGUACCCCGUCAUCUUCGUCUACCUAGGUGCCAAUCUCCGCGACGUAAAGUUCCAGGACAUGCAGCCGCUGGAACCAGAUCCGCUGACCCGGUUCCUGAGCAAACAUGUCCCGUUUACAAAGUCCUAUGUGGAAAAAGUAAUGGGUUUGCAUAAGUCUGGGGAGGAGAGCUGGAAGAUUACUUUUGCGGAUUGUGCACCUUAUCUUUUCACUUCGCAGACUAGUCUUGAGGAUGUGUCGUCCCGGCUUCCAGAGGGUAUGGAUAUGGAUAUUGAGAAGUUCCGUCCAAACGUCGUCGUCGAAGGUGCUUAUGAUCCGUAUCAAGAAGACUAUUGGGGUAAGCUUACGGUUAAUGGGAGAACGGAGAUUAUCCUCCCGCAUAACUGUGUGAGGUGCAAGAGCAUUAAUAUUGACCACAAGACGGGUAAGCCGGGAGAAGGGCCGGCGGGUGAGGUGCUGAAGAGGUUGCAAAAGGAUCGAAGGGUUGAUAUUGGGGCGAAGUGGAGUCCGGUUUUCGGACGGUAUGGGUUCUGGGGGAGUAAUGGAAAGAAGACGGAGGAGGUGUGGAGGGUGGGGGAUAGAGUCAAUGUGGCCAAAGUUAAUGAGGGGCUGACCGUCUGGAGUUGGCCUGGCGUUGGGUAG